AUGGUUUCUCAAGACCAAAGUAAGUACUCUGGCUCCAAAAAAAAUGGAGGUAAGGAGCUUGGAAUGGUAACUCCUCAAGACAAGCCCUUGAAGAAGAUGAAGUUUGUUUCAUCUGCUGAGACAGAACCAAGCAGCACGACAACAAUUUCUGAGGAUUCAAAGUCAGGUCGAGGUAUGAGCACAAUGCCUCGUGUUGUGAAGAGAAAAUUGCAGAAAAUCAAGCCAGUUGUUGAGUACAAUAAAAGGGGGAAAGGAUGUGGCCCUGCACAUACUGAGAUGCAGUCCUACAUUGGUGUGUUGGCACGCUCCAGAGUCCCACUUGUGGACAAGAAAUGGGCUGAAAUCCCCAAUGAUAUAAAGGAGCAGAUUUGGGAAGCCGUUGACAUGGCUUUUGUGGUAGGUCAAGGGGGCAAGACCUCGGUGUUAUCUUCUGCUGCCAAGAAAUGGAAGGAUUUCAAGUCUACACUGACGAGGCAUUAUAUCCUUCCAUACAUCAAGGAGAGGGAGAAAUUAAGCCAACCCCCUGAAGUAUAUAAAUUCAUAGAGAAAGCAGAAUGGGAUGCCUUUGUAGCUUCAAGGUUAUCCAAAGAAUUUGAGUCUGUGCAUUCUCAACAUGCACAGAUUAGGGAGAAACUUGAGUACAAUCAUCGAUUGUCUCGAAAAGGAUAUGCUGGUUUGGAGGAUCAAUUGGAGGAAACCAUGCCUGGGGUAGAAAUUGAUCGAUCUACCUUAUGGAAGAAAGCUAGACAGGACAAACAUGGUAACAUCCCGGAUCCAAAGGUGGCAGAGAAAGCAAAAUUAAUUGAUGAAUUGCAAAAACAAGUGGCUGAAGGCAGUCUGAGUUUAUCUGGCAGUAAUGAUGUGUUGACCUUGGCUUUGGGUCCCGAGCAUCCAGGGAGAGUAAGAGGGGUAGGUGCUGGGAUUUCCCCUAGGCAAUUCUUCAAUUUACCUAGACCACAGAGGGUAAAGUUUGCUGAUCAAUUGAAGGAAAGUGUAAGAAUUGUCCUUCAAGAAGAGACUAAGAAGAUGGAAGCUAGAACCAAACAAUUAGUAGAGGCUGAGAGGGAACAUUUACUAAGUCAGCUUUCCCACCUCAUCCCCAAUUUUGAUCCAAGCAUGCUUAAACCGAAAACUAGCCCCUGUCAAAACCAAGGUCUACAGCAAAGUCCCAAAAAUCCAAUGUCUGAUAAAGCAAGCUGUUCUGGGGCUGAAGUGAGAUCCCUACAUUUAGAGGAUGAUACUGCCAGAAAUGGGGAACAGCAGGAAGAAACGGGUAAUGAAGUAGUUGAUUAUUCAAAUGUGGAGGUGCCAUCUUCCUUACAAUCCCUUUGUGGUUAUGUGGAAACUACACUAAAGCCACAGGGGAAGAUCAUGACCUUCAACAUUGAGAAGGAGGUGUUUGGUGCAGAUCGAAGUACCUUCGUCUUGCAUGAAGAUAUUACACAGUUUGCAGGCAUGGAAGAAAUUGGGGCUACUGUGGUUGCAGUAUAUAUGAGGUGCUUAUAUGAUCUUUUGAGAGAAGCAAAUAUGUGCAGCAUGGUUGGCUUUAUCGACCCUGCUCAAGUUAGUGCCAACGCUGGGUCACUAACUGACAGAUCACGAAUUGUAGCCAGUCGACUUCAGAAAACAGAUGGUGAACAGAUUUUCAUGAUGCCUUACAAUCCAGGCCGUCAUUGGGUCUUGCUGAUUGUGAGGGCAAAGAGGGAAACCGUCUAUUUUCUGGAUCCUCUGCCUGGAAAUCGUGUGGUUGAUGAGGAGGGCAAAAACAUCGUGAACAGUGCUUUAAAAAUUUAUAAUUCCCACAUAGGCAGACCAGGCCGUAAAGCACCAAUUUGGAAAACUCUGCCAGGCACACCAAAGCAACCCAGCAGUGUCGAAUGCGGGUAUUAUGUGAUGCGCUUCAUGAGGGACAUCAUCAUGGAUCCUUCCUUGGAGUUUGAGAAGAAGUUUGCCAAGGGAAAAGAUCAAGCGCCAUACCCCCAAGCAGCCAUUGAUGAAGUCAGGAAAGAAUGGGCAGAGUUUGUUUGCCUUCAUAUGGAUUAG